AUGUAUACUUUCUGCUUCUCCAAUUCCUUGUCCAUGGGCGACCUUCAUCACCAGAGUCCAGCCUCAAGUAACACAAAGGAAAUCAGUGACAGUAACACAAAGGAAAUCAGUGACAGUAACACAAAAGAAAUCAGUGACAGUAACACAAAGGAAAUCAGUUACCGUAACACAAAGGAAAUCAGUGACCGUAACACAAAGGAAAUCAGUGACAGUAACACAAAGGAAAUCAGUGACCGUAACACAAAGGAAAUCAGUGACAGUAACACAAAGGAAAUCAGUGACCGUAACAAAGGAAAUCAUAACACAAAGGAAAUCAGUGACAGUAACACAAAGGAAAUCAGUGACCGUAACACAAAGGAAAUCAGUGACAGUAACACAAAGGAAAUCAGUGACAGUAACACAAAGGAAAUCAGUGACAGUAACACAAAGGAAAUCAGUGGCAGUAACACAAAGGAAAUCAGUGACCGUAACACAAAGGAAAUCAGUGACAGUAACACAAAGGAAAUCAGUGACAGUAACACAAAGGAAAUCAGUGACAGUAACACAAAGGAAAUCAGUGACCGUAACACAAAGGAAAUCAGUGACAGUAACACAAAGGAAAUCAGUGACAGUAACACAAAGGAAAUCAGUGACCGUAACACAAAGGAAAUCAGUGACAGUAACACAAAGGAAAUCAGUGACAGUAACACAAAGGAAAUCAGUGACUCACGUGAAUAA